GGCUUUUGUGGCUGUUGCAGGCAGUUUCCUUUUUCCUUUAGCUGUGUGUUUUGUAUUCGAAAUUUUUUUUUUCGUUAAUUUUUGACAAUUAAAUCAAUUCAAAAUGACUAAAAAACGCCGUAAUAAUGGACGAUCAAAGAAAGGCCGUGGUCAUGUAAAAUCGGUUCGAUGUACGAAUUGUGCUCGAUGUGUGCCGAAGGAUAAAGCGAUCAAAAAAUUUGUUGUUAAAAACAUUGUUGAAGCGGCUGCCGUUCGAGAUAUAACUGAAGCAUCAGUAUAUGAUUCUUAUCCAUUGCCGAAAUUAUAUGCAAAACUUCAAUACUGUGUAUCGUGUGCUAUCCAUUCGAAAAUUGUUCGUAAUCGAUCCAAAGAAGAUCGUAAGAUCCGUACACCACCAACACGUUUUGGUAUGCAAAAAUCGAAUGAUGCUGCUCGUAAUGCACCUCGACAGCAAAAAUGAGUUUUUUUUUGUAUUCUAAAAAUAAAUGAUUGACAAAAUUUGAAUAAAAAAAAAUUUUUAAUUA